AAAGAAAACGAAAAAGGAUGGAAAUAAUAAACGCUAGGCGUGGCGGCGUCAUUUUUUAAGCUUUGUCGUAGUCUUUCUAUCAAAAAAUAAGUGCACUUAGUUUAUUCAAACGUUCAGACAAAAUAAUAAGUCAUACAAAUUCGAACAAUCAAGAUGUUUAAAUGUGGACAUUUAUGGACGGAAAAGAAUCCAAGGAUUCUAUGAUAAUAAUGAUGAUGAUAAUGAUGAUGUGUCAUUUGAGAAUUUUGAAGAUAAGCUCUGAAUAGUUGAAUUAUCAGCUAGAAGAAAAGUCAUUUCUGUAAAUGUGCCUGUUGUUUAUUGUACACGUUGAAAGGAGCAGGGAAGAAUACUCGUAUGGAGUAAUAAUGCAAGAGCGGUAACCUAUACUAGGGAAUGGAGACGGAGAGCGUUAAAUCAGGGGCUAGCGAGCAUAGCCAUAGCCAGCACAGCAGGUCUUCGCAAAAACACCAUAAAGUAUACAAUAACAGUACCAAAUCUCAUCAUCGACAACAUUCUCAUAGAACAACUACAAGGAGUAGUCGAAGUCAGAGAAAGGAAAGACAUAAUAUAAAUACAAACCAAAUGGCUCCUUUUCAAACAACACUUAAUGUACGCGGGGAUAGUGUGGACAACUUAGGUCCUGAGGUUAUCGAAGUACAAAUAUUACCUCAAGAUGAAAAUUGGGGAGAAAAUACAACAGCCGUAACUGGAAAUACAUCAGACAGGUCAGAAUCGACAGAGGAUGUAAGUCAUUGGCCAAGCGAAACUGACACUUCUUUUGGAUCUGCCUGUAAUCGACAUAUAGUUCCAAUAGUAGCUGUGCUCCUUGGAAUAUGCGCUUUUUUAAGUCCUAUAGCAAUGGUCAUACUACCUAAAUUAGGAUUUUUUCCUGAUACAACAACCGUACUAACAAUGCAACAAAAAUUACAAUUACUUUCGUGCAAUGCCGAAUGCAAAGGGCAAUUGUUAGGAUUAGCCUUUAAAUUAGUACUAUUAGUUAUUGGAAGUUGGGCUGUAUUUCUACGCCCACGAAGUGUUACUAUGCCGCGUGUAUUUUUAUUCAGAGCUGGUGUCUUACUUCUUACGAUGCUGUGCAUUUGUACUUAUUGGUUGUUUUAUGUUGUUCAGAUCACAGAAAGUGCUAAGACUGCUGCUAAUGGUGAAAUAACAGAGUACAAAAGUUUAGUAAAUUAUGCGGGUACUCUUGCAAAUACAUUGCUAUUCAUUCACUAUGUUGGCGUGCUGCUUAUAGAAGUUCGUCAUUCUCAACCAACGUUUUAUGUUAAGGUUGUGAGAUCUCCAGAUGGUGAAUCGAGAUCUUAUGCGAUAGGACAAUUAUCGAUACAAAGAGCAGCAGUAUGGGUUUUGGAAAGGUAUUAUACGGAUUUUCCUAUUUACAAUCCAUACCUGGAACGUUUGCCUGUAUCUAAAUCAAGUCGAAAACAAUCGAGUUUCAAAUUUUAUGACGUUGACGGAGGUGUUUCAAGUGGUGUUCAGUCGCGCGGAGGUAGCGGCGAUACAGCAGUAUUAGCUGCGCAAGCUAGACGUAGAGAUUCUAGCCAUAAUGGUCGUUUUUACGAAGAACAUGAUUACGAGAGAAGAGUACGCAAACGAAAGGCAAGAUUAAUUACUGCCGCGGAAGAAGCAUUUGCUCAUAUAAAACGAUUACAUUCUGAAGUCGAAUCUGCACCUGGUCCUGGUUCUUUGGAUCCUAUGGAAGCUGCCCAAGCAGUAUUUCCAUCUAUGGCGAGAGCUUUGCAAAAAUAUUUAAGAGUUACACGCCAACAACCUCGUCAUUCUGUUGAAUCAAUAUUAAAUCGUUUUGCAAGAUGUUUAGCGCAAGAUGCAGCACCUAGAGCAUUCUUAGAACCAUUUUUUACAACAAGUCCUGUUCUUUCCAACGAAAAGGAAAGACAAAAGCGUUCACAUCAUUGGGCUUUAAUUUGCGAAGGUGAAUUGCCAUCACGACCUCUUGCAAAUGGUUGUGAAUUUCAAUUGAGACAAGGUGAGAUUGCACUUUUGUGCACGGCAUAUCGAUUACCGAAUUUUCAUCUUACCGAACAAUUGGCACAUCCUAAAUCUAACAAAUUUUUAUUGAGGUUGAAUUCCGAAACUUCUGUGUAGUAGUACUGACAAUAUUUUAGACAUCUUAUUACAAGGUGCUUAUCAUACUAGUGGAUGUGAAUUUGCAUAAAUUUAAAAAAGCAUAAAAAUGCACAAAUUUUAAAACAUAACAUUUAAAAAUCAACAUUAAAGUAUAGUAUGAACAAUUUGAUUGUCAUGAAUUAAAAAACAAAGUUUUAUUUUUAAAAGUAACAGUUAUAAAAAAAAUUGAUAAUAUUUUUUAUUUCCAA